GUUGUAUCUGAAGCGGAUGUUCGAAAUUCCUUAAUGCAUUAGUAAAUGAAGGUCUUUUGCUUAAAACAACAGUCACCAAAAAUGGAGUUCCAAAAAGUUAUCAAUAUUGCGAGAAAACAGCAAACAUAUUAAUCAAAGUUGAUAAAACGUACCGGAACAUGUAUUCAAUUCAUUUUAAGACCGAUACACUGACUCGUCUGUGAAUUAGUUUGGAAAAAGUAUUGCGUUUGCACUUGCCCCCAUAAACGGGGCAAGUGCAAAUUUUGAAAUUUUUUCACAAAAGCACCGUUACUUUUUACCAACAUUUUUUAAUUUUUCACUACCAAUGGGAAUUUGUUGAGAACUAUUUUAGUGAUACAACGAACGAUAAUUGAUAAUUUUUGAACAUAUACAUAUUUUUCUAGGACAUGUGAAAAUUGAACUAUGGUGAAAACCGUUUGCACUUGCCCCGGUGUACCUUACAUAAAACAAUAGUUUUUUUGAUUUGUUUGGUUCCGGCAUGAAAUUUUGUCUUAAACGAUUACAACUCUUCAAAAACUGCUCAGUUUUUUUUUGUCGAAACGUUAAAAAAAUGCUGCAACGAAUUUCUAUUAGCCUCACCACAACCGGAAUCGCAGUUCCAGUUGCUGAGUGUGGUCGAGGCUUACACAUUUGCUCUCGACUCUCCCAAACGAUGUGGGAAGUGGGAGCUCAACGAAAUAACAUAGCCAUCGCAUGGUGUGGGUGGAGGGUGAGGUGCGGGUUAUCGUCUUCAUUCGACAGCACUGCGUCAAGCUUACUGCUAGUUAUCAUUUCUGUCUUCAGUAAGUUUUCUAAACAAAACACAACAACCUAGUUCUCUAAAUUGACUCUAUUUUGUAAAAUGAAUGUGUAUGCCGUCUGUCGGAUGUGCAUAUCCGAAAAACUACGAUUGCGGUCAAUUUUCCUUGAGUACGGUCAUUGCAACAUGGUAAAAAUUAUCUCUGAAGUUCUGCACCUAAACAUCUCCGACGACGAUGGUUUGCCUUCUAACAUCUGUAAGCCCUGUGCCAACACACUGCUCAAGAUGCAGAAUACCAUAGACACGUUUCGACAGAACGAUCAGAAGCUCAGGACCCUGAUCUUUAGUAACGAUGCCGGUAACGAAAUAAUCGAAGGAUGUCAAAAUAAUUCUAAUCUAGAUUCGGAACUGAUAAAGAUGCCAGCUGCAGAACACUUAAAUAUGGUAAUCAAGGAAGAAUCCAUUGAUAUUUUGGAUGUUGCUCCGCCGAACAAUGAGUUUGUAUUGUGUGACGAUGCGAAGGAUGAACCAAACACUGCUGAAGCUGAAGCAAUCACGGAAGAAUUACUUCAGCCUCAAUCACCACGAAUAGCAGUCAAAAAAAGGCGAGCUCACGACCCAGAAAAAAUGUCACGGAAGCAGCUGAAAAAUCUUCCAGGAAGGCCACGCCUGCACGAUCACAAGUGCUACAUAUGUAACGUCGAUCCGUUCGAUUCCUCUAAGGCUCUGCUAGAUCAUCUGACCACUCAUCAGGAAAUGGUUCCCUCAACGUGUACGAGCUGUGUAAUGGAAACGGUGGUCCUAAAAAAUGCUCGCGCCCUCAACAACCACAAGAAGAUGCACGCACAACCCCUCAAAUGUGCGUACUGCGAUCGGCGAUACUGUGAUAACACCGCUCGGGACAUCCACGUGCAAUCGUAUCACAUGGGUGAGGGGGCACCCUGUCCUUCACCGUGUGACGAGUGCGGAAAAAUAUGCCGAUCCCAACUGGCGCUCAAAAAUCAUCUUCGAGAGCAUAAAACGCAUCUCCCGUGCCCCAAAUGUGAAAAGGUUUUUCACAAGCCCAGCAAACUGAAGAUGCACAUAGCUCGGGCGCACGAAAACAAGGAUCGAUACAAAUGCGAAAUUUGUGAUUCCGUGAUCACCUCCCUCGAAGGUUAUAAUAUUCACCUGAAAAAGCAUGGCGAACGGCAGUAUGAAUGUGAAGUCUGUCACGCCAAAUUUCAUAGUGUAGCGAACCUUUGCACUCAUAAAAAGAUUCACGAAAAAAACGACAACUAUCGGAGACCUAAAGACUGGAAGGAUCAAUACACUGUAAGUUACGACGAAGACAAAACUCGCUACCUUCGAUGUCAUCAUUGUGGCAAAACCGCGGCUUGCACAGCUAGUGCUAUGGUCAUGCACAUAAAGAAACAUUUCAAGACUAUCGAAUGUGAAUUGUGUGGGGUAAAAUUCUCCACCAAAGAGAAGAUUCGGGUACAUAUGUCGGUGCACACCAAGGAGCGUAAUUUUCGGUGUGAGUUUUGCGGGAAGGACUAUCUAUGUCGGUCCAAUCUGAAACGGCAUAUCCGGACGGCGCAUCAAUCGAAGGAGUAUAUGUAGAUUUCUAUGGAAUCAUUCAACGCUGCGAAUAGGUGACACUUCGUGAAGAUGACUUGUUUGUGGAGCAAUCACUAGCAUAUUUUAUGUUUUCCCAUGUAUGCUAAAUGAAUGAACUUAACUUUUCUCCAAAUAGAUUAUUUGAACAUCCUAUGACAUAUACCUUUUUUGUGAAGAAAGCCACGUGAUAACUUCUCGCGGACUCGCGGACAUCGGCUCAGGAGACUAACAGACUUGCCAACUGAG